CUCCAACACACUCCACUCCACUCCACUCUCCAGUGCACUCCACACACUCUGCUACUAGCUACCAAUGACAAUGGGCGUGGGGCGUGCAACAAGAAGGAUGCAAGGCAGGAGUUCCAUGUCGGUCUUGCUGGUGUCGUUGCUGCUGCUGGCGGCGGCGGCCGGUGUUUCCAGCCGAGCCACGUACACGGGCAGCAGCACCGCAGGUGCCGGUGCAAGUGUGACGACGACGGCGCCGCCGAAGAAGCAUGUUGAUGGGAAGAAGCAGCAGGUGCCGGCGCUGGUGGUGUUCGGCGACUCGAUCGUCGACCCGGGCAACAACAACGCCAUCAGCACCAUCGUCAAGGCCAACUUCGCGCCCUACGGCCACGACUUCGGCGCCGACCACCGCCCCACGGGCCGCUUCUGCAACGGCAGGAUCCCCACCGACUUCAUCGCCUCCAGGCUCGGCCUCAAGCAGCUCCUCCCGGCGUACCUGGCCCCGAACCUGACGACGCACGACCUGCUCACCGGCGUCAGCUUCGCGUCGGGCGGCACGGGGUACGACCCGCUCACGGCGCAGCUCGCCUCCGUCAUCUCCAUGACGGACCAGCUCCGCAUGUUCGACGAGUACAAGGCCAGGGUCCGCGCCGCGGCCGGCGACGCCGCGCUCUCGGAGAUCCUCGCCAGGGGCGUGUUCGCGGUGUGCGCCGGCAGCGACGACGUGGCCAACACCUACUUCACCAUGCGCGCGCGGAGCUCCUACUCGCACGCCUCCUACGCGUCGCUCAUGGUCGCCCACGCCACCGCCUUCCUCGACGGCCUGCUGGCCGCGGGCGCCCGCCGCGUCGCCGUCAUCUCCAUGCCGCCCAUCGGGUGCGUGCCCUCCCAGCGCACGCUCUCGGGCGGCAUGGGGCGCGAGUGCUCCCCGGACCACAACGAGAUCGCGGAGCUGGUGAACUCGGGAAUGGGCACCGCCGUCGACACCCUCAAGGCGAAGCACCCGGGGGCGAGGGUGAUGCUGAUGGACAUCUACGGGUACCUGCUGGACAUGAUGGUGCGGCCGGACGGGUACGGGUUCAGGGAGUCCACGCUGGGCUGCUGCGGCACGGGCAUGAUGGAGGUCGCCGUGCUGUGCAACGGCGUCACGUCGGCGGUGUGCGGGGACGUGGAGGAGUACUUGUUCUGGGACAGCUACCACCCCACCGAGAAGGCCUACAGGAUCCUCGUUGACUACGUCUACGACAACUACCUCAAGGAGCUCAUCGCCUAGGCCUACCUAUAUAUCCUUGCUGUAACCCCUACCUUGCAUUAUUCUCUGGGAGUUUCGUUUCCAUUCAUUGCGUCUGUAUUGUGCACGUAGCACCUUGUGACAACAAUUGUCAAUUAUUGUUGAUCUUUAAGAGGUCA